AUGGCGGAGAAGAUCCUGGUGACCGGCGGAGCUGGCUACAUCGGCAGUCACUGUGUGCUGGAGCUGGUGGAGGCUGGCUACGUCCCCGUGGUCAUAGACAACUUUCACAACGCCAUCCGAGGGGCAGACGCGCUCCCUGAGAGCCUCCGGCGUGUGCAGCAGAUCGUGCGCCAGCCCAUCCUUUUCCAGGAACUAAAUAUCACCGAUGAGGCAGCGCUGCAGGAGCUCUUCAGUCAGCACCGUUUCUCAGCCGUGAUGCACUUUGCGGGGCUGAAGGCGGUGGGAGAGUCCGUGCAGAAAAAAAUGAACCUCACGGGGACCAUCCGGCUGCUGGAGACCAUGAGAGCCCACGGCGUGAGGAACAUCGUGGUCAGCAGCUCUGCCACCGUCUACGGAGACCCCAGGUACCUGCCCCUGGAUGAGAACCACCCUGUUGGAGGCUGCACCAACCCCUACGGCAAAUCCAAAUACUUCAUUGAGGAGAUGAUUCAAGAUCUCUGCAAAGCAGAGAAGGACUGGAACGCUGUUCUCCUGCGCUAUUUCAACCCCAUCGGUGCCCACGAGUCAGGCAUGAUCGGAGAAGAUCCUCAGGGGAUCCCAAACAACCUCAUGCCCUACGUGGCGCAGGUGGCAGUGGGGCGCCGAGAAUUCCUGAGCGUGUUUGGGAACGACUACGAGACGGAUGACGGAACGGGCGUCAGGGAUUAUAUCCACGUUGUGGAUUUGGCCAAGGGCCAUAUCGCUGCUUUAAAGAAGCUCAAGGAGAACUGUGGCUGCAAG